CCCAAAUCGACCUGCCUUUAGCUUAGCCUCACAAACUCUUCCUAUAUUCAGUCAGAUUUCUCCAGGAUCGUGUCUGAUCUGCGUUGUAAUCAAUAGCCAGGCCGAUUUGUACGCCGGACCCACCGUUGGAAAAGCUGACCGUUCAUCCGACAGCUUUCUAGAGCUCAGUGUUCAGUCAUAAGAAGUGUAUAUCAUAUGUUAGCUUGAGCUGUCUGGUCUGAUCUUCAGCAGUCAUGGGCUCCAGAGCUUCAUCUUUACUCAGAGAAGAGGACAUUGAAGAAAUUAAGAAAGAAACUGGAUUCUCGCACAGUCAGAUCACUCGUCUCUACAGCCGCUUUCACAGUCUGGACAAAGGAGAAAACGGAGGACUAAGCCGUGAAGACUUCCAGAGGAUUCCUGAGUUGGCUAUAAAUCCUCUCGGCGAUCGGAUAAUCAAUGCCUUCUUCCCAGAGGGUGAGGAUCAGGUGAACUUCAGGGGCUUCAUGAGGACUCUGGCUCAUUUCCGACCUGUGGAGGACAAUGAGAAGAACAAAGACCUGACUUCAGGAGAGCCGCUCAACAGCAGAACCAACAAACUGCUCUUUGCGUUCCGGUUAUACGACCUCGACAGAGACGACAAGAUCUCCAGAGAUGAGCUGCUCCAGGUGCUGAGGAUGAUGGUAGGAGUGAACAUUUCAGAUGAGCAGUUGGGAAGCAUCGCAGACAGAACUAUCCAGGAGGCGGACACUAAUGGAGACAUGUGCAUCUCCUUCAACGAGUUCACCAAGGUAUUGGAAAAAGUGGAUGUCGAGCAAAAGAUGAGCAUUCGUUUCCUUCACUGAAAACCAAACACAUUCUGAACUCUGAUUGGAGCCCGUCUUUGACAUCAUAGAUAAGACACGCCCCCUGGUUCUCCUCUGUGAGCUGACUCGCCUUCGAUCAACAUUUGCUCCAGUCAUCUGUCACUCUUGAGUUGCUGGCGCACUAGACGGAUGCCACGUCCAGGUGCCUUCACUACUCUCAUAAAUGACAAUUCUCUAUUUAUUAUUAACAGUUUCAAUCUUUCCAAAUGGGUGAAUCUUGUCAUUUAAAUUGACACCGACAGACUAAUGUUGUCAUGAUUUCAUCACCAUCCUAAAGGCCAAAUGUUUCCUCUUCGCCCAUGAAAAUAUUUAACUUUAAGCCACAUUCACUCAAAAAAUACCUCAUCUUUCUUCUUUUGUUUCCUCAUAAGGGAGGAUCAUUUUUCUGUCUCAUAAUAAAUAAUGAUUUAGGAGGGAGUGAAAUACAGAUGAAUUCACUCAAAAAAAAACUCACAGGGGUUUUCUUUUUAAACGUCUAAUAAAUGGAGAACGAGAUGAGCUUCAGUGCUUCCCACAGGUUUUAAAUAUACUUGCGGUGGUAGCCGUCUUGAAAUAAACCCACAUUUUUUACCCACAUCACAUAAAUAGUUAACUAUAUGCGACCAACAAAAUAUAAUUAGAUAUUUAACAAUAUUUACAUUUUAUUAAGAAACUGUUAUACAAGUUUUUUUUUUCAAUGGGUUAACGUCACGAAAAAAAGUCAAUCCACUAUUUCUCUUACUUUAUGCUAUUCAGGAGCCAUGUCCACUCACUGACAGGUAAAAUCUGCUUCUCUCCAACGUUAUCUCUCAUUUAAGUGUUGGCAUGACAUUUUGUACAGUAUUGCCAAAGCAUUUUAGAUGUAUAACAUAUGCAAUAUAUUGACAUCAUCAAAUUAUUCAAAUAUACAGCAAAUGAGAAAAAAAUGACAGAGGAAAAGGAAUAAAUACAGACUAUAUCUCUAAAAAUUUAUAAUAAUUACAAGAAUAAAAUGUGUAGAUUAUUUCAGAAGGCAAAUGAGUUGAUUAGCCGUUUCUAUUGGUGUACAAAUAUUUUGCAGCCAAUUUAGAUCCAAUUUCAUCCUCCCCGACUGUUUAGUAAAGUUUUUCUAAGUCGUUUAUAACAAAGAAUUAAUUUACAUUAAGCAUUACAUAUGUUUCUCUCACUCUCGCCGCUGUGCACAUACAUUUGAUGACAGCUUUAGAAAGUGAAAGCAAAAACAAAUCCCGCACAUUUUAGGAGAUUUAAAAACCCCGGCUAGAUGCAUUUAUUUCCACUGAGUGGUAGAGUACGAGUCGGUACAGGUCACCUUUAUCAGACUUGCAUUUCCACUGCCAAAAGGGUACCCUUUUGGUGGGCAUGGUGUACGACAAAGUUUCAGACAAUGUCAUUUUUACUCGAGGAAAUGUCUACAGUAAAACUGUACUGGUAGUUACAUAUCAUAUGAGAAGCACUUCUCACAACACAGAUGCUUUACACGCAUAAAUACUUGUGUAUAAAUGUUCAUUACUAACCUUUCUAUGAACAUGAUGUGAUUAUAACUGCAGAUCAAUGAUAUGUAUCGAAAUAGCCAACCGUAACGUCUGCAAUUAUGUAAAGUAAAUCAAUAAAUGCGUCAUAUAUGAUUACAUACAGACCCUUACAGUCUCCGAUAUGUCACCAAUUACAAAAAAACUACACACAGCAUACAUUAAGUCCUUAUUUGGGUUCAAAAACAUGCAACAUAUAACCCAGAGUCAGUGCAAACCUCUCAUCUGUGUCUUUAAUCUAAGGCGAUGAUAAUAGUUAAACAUGGCAGUUUGUUUAUGUUUUAGGUUACUGAAAGAAUCAUUUGCUGCUGUUUUUUUGGCUUCUCCUUUGUUUUUUUUGCGCUUCACUCUCGUGUUUGUCCAUUUCUGAGCGGAUCGGAUGUCAGAAGCACUUCAAUAAUCACAUGCAUGUUAUUAUCAUGAGCUCAAGAAGUUUGUUAUUACAAAUAUAGACGGAUACGCGAGCUCUCUGGAGAAAGUGAAAACCACUUGCGCUUUUAGAUGGCAGGUUUUGUUGUUUUUGGCUUUGUGGCUGUUCAUUAAGACAACGACAAGGUUAGUUUGAGCUCGGGUUGACCAUGGCUUGUUAUUAUAUGUAUAUAUUAUUACGGUGUAAUGUCUCGGCUGUGUAUUUAAAAAUGGGGCUUCCUUCGUUUUCAUUCACCGCCUUCUGCGAGGGACGUGUCUCUGUAAAUCAAUAGCGUUCAGCUGCGUGUCUAGCUCCGCCUUUUGGUACCCUUUUUUUGUGCUAGGUACGCUUUGCAAAGGGUACCCAAAUAGUAGUACAGUUCACUUUUAGGUACCCUUUGACAGUGGAAACGACCAUAAAAGCAUACCGAACCAUACCGUAACACUCAGUGGAAACGGGAAAUGGGUCCUAAAAAGGCGUGUCUCUUUGUGUCCCUGCAGAGCAUGUGAGACUGUCUGUUGGAGUGUUGAUAUGUCUCAGGCCAACAGUAGCUAUGAAUUGGAAGAUUUUUCACUACUUAAUUCAUCAUGGAUGUUUAUAUUAUGCGAAUACAAAAGAACUGUAAAAGGAUGAUAAUAUUAAUAAAAAUGUACAUUUAAAAGUGUGACUAAAUAUACUUGGGCGGCUGUUAAUAUACCUGGGCGGCCCGCCCAAGUAAAGUCUAUGUGUGGGAAGCACUGAGCUUGGAUAAAUAUUUAUAAUCAUAAAUUUUGAUUUCCCAGAUGUAUUUUUAAAAUGUCAUGCCGUUAUCAUCAAAUAUUUAAUUUAAUUUUAUAACACAAAGUAUUAAAAGUGACAAACCACAGAUUUUAAACCACCGAAUUUGACGUCAGCGACUUUCAAAAUGUUAAACCAAAGUAUUACACAACAUAGACACUAGUAGUUUGUUGAAAAAAAGACGUGACCCAUCUAACAAUUUAAUGUCCAUUACAAACUUACACUUUAAAGUUAAAAAGGGACCAGAAUUUAUUAGAAACAUGGGCUGUGUUGUCUUUUUUAUUAUUUGGACCAGUAAUUAAAUCUCUAGAACGCAAGAACACAACAAAACACACCAUCACAAUCACCCACAAUGCCUUAGCAUCAUGACGUCAAGCUUUUCAACACAUUUUCUGAGGAAAAAUGACGUUAACAUAAAAUAAUAACAUAAUAAUUAACAAAACGAUAACAUAACCAAAUAAUGUUUGGCAGUUCUUUUAGGCGGUGCAGAAUUGACUCAUUUUCACUUGACUCAAUUUGUCAGCUUCAUUCACUUGGGAACUGUCAGUUUCAUGAGACUAAACAGUGAUUUAAUGUUGUCUUUAUUUGUAAUGUUCUCAUCCAGACGGGUACUAGGAGCCAAAGCAACACUCCCAUAUUGCAUCAAUGUUGUUAGCUCUAGAUUUAAAUGAACUUAAACUUGUUAAGUUGAUCAGUCUGUGGCAUUUCCAAGCUUUCUGUCCUCGCUUUUGUAUGUCAACAAAAUCAAAGUUACGUGCCCGUGUGCUUGGUGGAUGUAAACACUGAUUACUGGAUUAUCGAUUGAAUCCACAUAUUCUUCACAGGUACUUGAAUGUCUGCAAAGCUUCAUGCAGAUUCUUGCUUUAUGUACAGAUUUCUUUUGAGUUGUAGUGUGAAAGGUGUUUCGGAGCCUUUCCUGCGAACAAAAGUCAAAUGAUUUUAUUUUAAUGUGUGUGGUGGAGUAAUCAUGAUGUGCACUUGAGAAGUGUACGCUGUGAUUUUUAGUCAUGUAUGGUUUUGAUUCUAAUAAAUAAAAGUGCCAUGAUUCCCUGCUGA